UUUUCCUUCGAGCUGAAGGAGGCCAUUUAUGACAAUCCUGUUGAAACAGUAAAAGUGUGUAUACCGGCAGUAAUCUACACUCUCCAGAACAAUCUCUACUAUAUCGCACUCACCGCACCUGGAAGCCACUACGUUGCGUAUCAGAUGAAAAUCUUCACCACUGCCUUGUUCAUGUAUUUUUUCUUAGGAAAGAAGCUUUCCACUAAUCAAUGGAUAGCUCUCGUUAUCCUUGUUAUAGGAGUUGUGGAUGUGCAGCUGGUAUACGCUCCAUUGGCCAAUGCUGAAAACAUUGAACAAAAGCCGAUUCUUGGAUUCGUCAGUGUCGUCGUUAUGUGCUUUACAUCAGCGUUCGCC